AGCGGAACGUAAAAGCAGAAGGUCUUGUUUACAGGGGGAGCUUUCAUAUGACGCACACGCGAAAGGAUGUAACAGUUGAAGGGUACUGGAUUCGUGGGCUGUGCAAUGGCAUCUUGCAUAAACAUUAAGAAUGCACUUCUAAGCACUAAAAAUUGUUUUAAGAUAAAGAGGCACACAGAACUCAAUUGCAUGCGAGCAUUUACAGAUUCGUCAGUGCAACACAAUGAAAAGUACUGCAUUGAUAUUGUAAGGAAGAGGGACUAUGAGGGAUUUGUGUGCUCAUUGCUUCUUCCUGAUGCUUCUCGCUGCUCCGCCUUGGCACUGAGGGCAUUUAAUGUAGAGCUGGCACAGAUUAAGGACUCUGUUUCCCAGAAAACCAUUGGUUUAAUGCGAAUGCAGUUUUGGAAGAGCGCUGUGGAGGAUGUUUACAGAGAUGACCCACCAGCCCAUCCCGUCAGUGCAGAACUGUGGAGGGCAGUAAGGAAACACACAUUAACGAAAAGGUGGAUGUUAAGAAUUAUAUCUGAAAGAGAGAAAGAUAUGGAGGACAGAGCGUACAGGAACCUUCAGGAUCUGGAGGCAUAUGGCGAGAACACUCAGUCCUCUCUUCUCUACCUGCUGCUGGAGACUCUUGGUGUGAAAAAUGUCCAUGCAGACCAUGCUGCCAGCCACAUUGGCAAAGCCCAGGGCAUCCUGACCUGCCUCCGUGCUACCCCCUACAACAGCAGCAGACGCAAAGUCUACCUGCCCAUGGACAUCUGCAUGCUGCAUGGUGUGUCUCAAGAGGACUUUAUCCGUGGCAGCAGGGACCAGAACGUCAGGGACGUUGUUUAUGACAUCGCCAGCCAAGCCCACGUCCAUCUCCAACACGCUAGAUCCUUCAGCAAGAACGUUCCACAUGCUGCCAUGCCUGUCCUCCUGCAAACAGUUGUUCUGGAUGAAUACUUGCACAGAGUCAGGAAAGUGGAUUUUGAUGUGUUCCAUCCCAGCCUACAGAAGAGGAAUCCAAUGCUGCCCAUUCAGCUUUAUAUACGAUCAUGGAAGAAGACCUACUGAUGUGUCUAAGAUAAUUAGCAUCUUACUGUUUCAAAUGAGUUUCCUGUCAAUACCCAAGACAAGAGCACUUCACUGCAAUAAAUUGUCUAGCUGUGUGGACAAUUUGUAUGUUUUUUAAUGGUAGAAAUCUAUAUGAAAGAAAAGGAAAAUAUUUGAUUACCUAAUAAUUACUAAGUUGCUGUCACUCAAUACAAGAGAGGAACGGGUUGAAUGGAAAAUUGGCACCACCAAAACAGUUUGUCUGAAUCAUUUCAACAAUAAAUUAAUACCCUCUAUUCUACCUGAAACUUUUCUCAGUUUGUAAGAAUUUGCAUAGCUGUUGUGGAAUGAAUUGAAAGAAAUAUUUGUACAACUAGUCAUGAAAGGUUUUUUGUAAAAUAUUCAGUUAUAUAAAGUAUUUGCCAAUAAACUGGAUGCAGUUAGAUCAUAACAAUUUUACAUAUUUAUAAUUGUGGAAUGUGCCCAUCGUGAUGGUCAAUCAAUCCAGCUUCCAUUGUGAGCCCAUUUUAGGGGAAGAAAUUAUGUAUUUUUUUUUUUUUUAAAUAUAUUUAUAUGUAUGUAUGCAAGCCUCCCACUGAUAAAAGUUUCUAUCUAACCAACAAGAAAACGAGUUUUGGGUGUUAUUAGUAACAGCUGUUGGGGAGUAACUUACUAAAAUUAGUGAUGCUACUAACCUAACUAUACUUUUCAUUUGCUCAGCUAUUUUCACAAUGGUGUAGCUUUUCCAGUAACAAGCUACUUUAAAAUUUUGUUUUAAACGAAUCUGUUCUUUCUGAUUUUGUGACUUUGCCUUUUUUUUUUUUUUUUUUGUGAAAUAUUUAAUUGCUGCUGUUUACCACUAUAUUUUGACUCAAGGUACAUGAAGUAGAGUGUUUAUGUUUGUGUAUAUAUGUUCAAUUUAAUGUUGUCAUCCUAAUGAAAUAAUAUUGUCUUUAAAUCUCCAUCUACAUUGAAGCUACAAAUAGUUUUUUGUUAACUUGUAGCUACAUUUUUAAGAGAGUAGCUUGAUUGAAGAUUACUACUACUAAUAAUAAUACAUUUUAUUUAUAGGCGUCUUUCACAACACUCAAGGCCACUGUACAAUCAGAACACAAAGUCAACCAUGAAAGCAUCAACGGUAACAACAUUAAGCAAAAAGUACUAUGAUAUACAAUAAAACAUUGGAAGAUACAAUUUAUAAACCCAGCAUGCACAGUCAUAAAAAAGCCUGUUUAAAAAGGUGAUUUUUAAGACUAGAUUUAAAAGUAUGAAUACUUUCACUAUUACGAAUGUCCAGAGGAAGGGAAUUCCAUAAGUGAGGAGCAGUGUAACUAAAAGAUCUAGAACCCAUAGUGUUUAGAUGGAUACGUGGUAUAACAAGAAGUGUUGAUGAGGAAGAUCUGAGGGUACGAGUUGGUGUAUAGCUACCAGGUAUGAGGGAGUAAGAUUAUUUAAGGCCUUGUAAGAAGCAAGAUUUUAAAAUCAAUUCGAUACUUAACCGUAAGCCAGUGCAAAUGUUUAAGAACAGGUGAAAUGUGUUCAAUAGAGGGGGUUCUAGAAAUUAUUUGUGCAGCUGAGUUCUGGACCAGCUGAAAUGUAUUGAGAAGUUUGGAAGGAAGACCAGUGAGGAGAGCAUUGCAGAUUGUAAUCAAUACGUGAUGUAACCAGUGCAUGAAUAAGAAUGGCAGUGCUGUUCAAUGUGAGAGAGGGACGAAGACGUUUAAUGUUAACUACUGUUAACUACUAACUAAUGUUAAUUAACUACUUUAACAUAUGGGCAGCUUGUAGCUUAGGAAGCUACAGUUUCAAUAUAGUCUCCCCAAAACUUCUUGGCUCACCUUCAGUUAGUUUUUG